UAGAGCGCUAAAUUCAAUGUCCUCCUGCGGCUUCCGUAGACCACUCUGGAAUUAAAAUGGCCGCUCCUGUAGACAACGAUUUAAUACAAAGUGAUUUACCCAAAGCUGUACAACUGCUGAAUGAUCUCACAGAGCAGGUAGCCUCAGUCACUAGUCAUGUUCGUGAACUGCUGACGAAAGUCAAAGAUGGGGCGUUUAAGACAUCCAAGGGUUUGUCUUUCUUGGACCUUCGCUACCACCUGCUGCUCUUCUAUCUCCAGGACCUCACUCACCUGAUCAGCAUCAAAACGGAUGGAGGCAAAAUUAAAGACAGUGAAGCCUUGAACAGAGUGGUCACCAUCAGGACGGUCCUGGAGAAAAUGCGCCCCCUAGACCACAAACUGAAGUACCAGAUUGAUAAACUGGUGCGAACAGCUGUUACUGGCAGUUUAGCUGAAAAUGAUCCGCUGCAGCUACGACCUAAUCCCGAGAAUCUCAUCAGCAAACUGGAUGAAUCGGAGGAAUCUGAAGACGAAGCAGAGAACAAGGCAGCCUCAGAGAAGAAAGCAGCUCACUCUAGUGGCAGGAAAUAUGUACCGCCAAAGAUUGCCCCAAUGCACUAUGAGGGUGACAUGACCGAGGCAGACAGGAAGAAGGCGCAGGUGGAGCGUCAGCGGCGAGCGGCUCUCAGGAGCUCCGUGAUCCAGGAGCUGAGGCAGCAGUACAGCGACGCCCCCGAUGAGAUCCGGGAGCGGCGAGACUUCCAGAGCGAGCGGGACAGCCGCGAGGAGCUGCACAGGAAGAAUUACGAGGAGUCCAUGAUGGUGCGUCUGAACAUGCCGAAGCAUCAGAAGAACAGCAAGAAGAGAGGCAUGAUGGCCAUGUCCGGCCAGCUCAGCGGCAUCACACACUUCAGCGACAUCACGGCUCUGACUGGCGGCGAGGGCGGCCAGGAUGGAGAUAACCCGCGACCCAAGAAAAAGAAGAAAGUGAUGAAGAAGAAAACCAAAAGGAGAGCUUUCAAGAAGCACAGAUAACCCGGAAACACCAAACACCAAGAGGAUUUCGUACAAACAGUCAUCAGUGUUUGUUGAAUUUAUCAUCUUUGUACCGAGUUGUUUAAUCCCUCACAGCCUUUAAACAAGACUUUUUCAUUGACUUUUGUGGAAUAAACAUUUUACUGUUGACCUUC